AUUUAAUUCUCCAACUCCCCAAACCCUCUUCUUCUUCUCAUUCAUUUUUUUCCUCUUUUCAAAUUCAUUCCCAUCUCUGUCCUGUGUGGCCUUUUCACCACACAACUGGAUGCGGUUCAGGGCGUGUUGCCUUCGCUGGCAGGUGUAGAAGCAGGUUGAGCAGGUUGUUCCCUGAAUGCCACUCUGCUGAGCCCUCCUCUUUCUCUCUCUUUCUCUUUCUCUCUCUCUCUCUCUGCAGGCCGAACGCUGAUUCACUCUCCAACGUUGGCAGCUCAGUGAAGAGAUUUUGUUGCCUGUGCACCUGUUCUCAUCUGAUAUAGCCUAAGAAUAAGGUAAGGAUUUACUGAGGAGGGAUUUAAAUCUUUGUCUUAUUUUCUUCUCCAAGAAGUUUGUGGGGCUGUAAACUGGGUGAUAGAUUUUAGUCUAAAUAUGUUUAACAAGAUUAGAGUCACUGUUUUGUUUGAGAAUCCUAAAUAACUUUAAAGAAAUAACUUUAUUUAAGAACAAAAACGACCAUAAAAAGGUCUUCUGGAAUUUUCUAAAACUUGAAAACACUGAAAAGUUACCCUUAAAUAUUUAAAAAGCUCUAUAUUUGGCUAAACCUGUCAGUUUUUGCUAUCGGGUCUGUUUUUAAAAGAGUGAAAAUAGAGCGUUAGAGGCAGAAAUAUUUUUUCUUCUUCCGCUUGAAUGUUAAAAGAGUUUUUUCUCUGGGUGCCAAAACAUCUCAACAAUGAGUGACAUACAUACAGUAAGACCUUACACAACCCAAACAGGGGAUUUCACUCACUGUUUCAACACCAGUAUACGUCAGCUUCAUAGUAAUAUAGACUCAAAUAAAAGGCCCCUUGAGUUCAGUGAUUGAUGGGCCCCUGUUGACUCUCUGUAAAUAAUACAACAGAGAGUUUAGUCUCGAUCUUCUUGUACAAAACUAAAAUUCGCUCAAAAAUAGACACAUAUUGUGGAACUGUGACAAAAAUGGAGUUUGCAGCAUCAAAAUGAUUUACUAAAUUAAAAAAAAAGUAGUUAAAAACUGCAAAACGCUUCAUCACAAUAAAAAAAAAAGAGUUUGGGGUAAGUAAAUUUAGAUGAUAUUAUCUGAGAUGUUGAUAAAAUCUGACUUUAAAAGUGUUCUUAUUUUUGAAUGACUGUUCUCUGAAUAAUGUUACUUAAAUUAUUAUAAUAUACUUUAAAAUGAACACAAAAAAGUACUUUUGGAGUAUUUGAAGGCAAGCUAAUUAAGAGAGACAAAAUCAAUACUUAAACAAAGCUGCGGUACACCUGUUUUAAUUAUGUUAUAUAAUGGAUGUUAUACAUCCAUUAAAAAUGAUCCACAGGCUUCAGAUGCUGCAGUGUCAUUAUGUGAUGUAACAUCACAUCAUCAUCAAUAUUUUGAGACUGUUUGUGGUUGAAUAAAUAAUUGAAAGUGGAUCCAGGAAUUUUAAAAGAGAGGACUUUGGUUAUCCUGGAAAGAUAGGAAAAGUAGUAUAAAGGGGCUGUGAUACAACAAAAGGGGGAAAAUAUCAAGUUUAGUGAAAACGACUCUUCCGUAAAGCUAAAAAAAUGUAAUACAAAGCUACUUUUUUCCUUUUUUUAUUGAACAUGUGCUUUUUAUUGAAAUAUAUUUUGUAUGGAGUUGCUUUCACUGAGCUCAGGUGAGGGCCUUCACAUGGUGUCUGACGUAAGACUCAUUGUUAACUAUGUAAGUGAUAUUACUCUUUUAUUGUUACACCAUAAUGAGGGUGAGUCUGCAUAAUUUUACCUGCUCUUUUGUGAACCAGUCUUAUAUAAAAGUCCUGUUACUCGAUUAAAGAGACAGCAUUUUGGAUUCAGUUUUAAUUUUAAUUUAAAGUCUUGAAUGAAUUAAGAAGAAACUAUAUUUACACAGACUUCUAGAUAAUGAUGGUGAAAUAUAAAGCAAAUCAUUUCUAUUUUAAAAGUAGCCAGACUACAGAUACAGAGAAACAAGUUGAAUUGAUGUUUUGAUAUCCCUACAUAUUUCUGAAAGUCCCCGCUUUGCUUUAUCUUGUCUCUACCUUUUUAACUCUGCUAAUUUUGUCCUGUACAUACGUAAGUAGUGUUUUCAAAUGUCCUGCUUUCUUCUUACAACUGUAAAAAGUAUCAGUAAGUGUGGUACAUUUUGUAGGAAAUGAAAACAAAGACUUCUUUUGCAAUGCACUUUUGAUUACCUCGUAUAACACCAACCCAGUGGCGUCUGUUACUGACACUGUAAAAUAACUAGAGGGAAAGGUUAAUAUUCUUGAUGCCAGUAAAUUAUAUGGAGGCAUCAGUAAAACUCUAUACAGAUGUUUGAAUGGCAGUAAUAAUGUAAGAUAAGAUAAGAUGGUAAGAAAUCGCAUUAUGUAGAUAAAAUUGAUAAAUUCAACUGAGAGUCCAUAACUGAUAAUCAAAGGAGUCUAAAGGAAGAUUUCAUUAAUUGACCUCAUGUGAAAUGAUCUAAAAAUAGUAAGUUCCCACCAGGAUAAUAUCAACUAUAUGAGGAGUAAGAUAACUAUAAGAUACUGUAAGGUGAAAUGUAAAGUGGUGAUAGUUUAAACAAGGAGCGCAGCAGAAAUACAACAGCAGAGCAUCAAUUGCGGCACAGUUAAAUCCCAAUUUACGGUAUUUUGCUGUGCUACAUUACAUUAUCUAUCCUCACAUUUGCUUUACCAAGACACAACUUUUACACUAUUGUUAUACUUGACAGGGACAAUACAUGCUGGAUUUGUUACGUUUAAUCGAAGAGUGCUGCAGUGUAAAGAGGACUUUAAGCCUGAUUUACAGUUCCUGUCCCUGGUUGAAGCUCAGAACUUUACAUUUUCUACCUACAUUUCAAGACAUUUGUUUUUAUAAAGGAGAAACAUGAACAUAAAUAGUGGAAACUUAAAGAAUUACAAUUUGUAUUUGUAUUCAAACGCACAAACAGAAGGAGCAGACCCCACUGCAGAAACGGUGUCUCUGUACCUUCUGGUCAGAUGGGUCUAUAUAAUGCAGUAGGGUAUGGGAAGGUCAAAGUAACAGUUAAAAUGAUUGUAAUGUAGGAAAUGCAAUAAAGUAACACAGUAUAAAAAUAGUGUUAUAUAAUGACUAAUGAUAAACUAUAGUAUGAUGUGAUAAUAUUAUAUUCAGUCAAUUUAAAAAAACCUCUGGAGCAAGAAGAACUGUCAAGUUCGCUGAACGAUAAAGAAAGUAAAUGUGUGUUAGAGCAGCCUGAUCCAAUAUUCCAACUUUAAUAGAGUAUUAUCAUAUUCAUAGGGAGUGUGAAACCCUAUAUAUGAUCCAUACAUCACAAAUCAUAUAUGUGUCAUUAUAUUAUAUUCUUCAGAAAGUGAAAUAAUGAACAUUUUGCAUGAACCUGUCAUGUGCAAAAAAGCUUUGUUAUUGUAGAGUAUUUCCACAGAAUUCAAUUUAUCUGAAAUACAAGACUGAAGCAGUACAAAGUGGAAGUAUAAACACCUUAAAUUAUCCCGAAGUACAGUUCUUUGAAACACACACAACUCUUAACAAAUGUCAGUCUGUUUGGUAAAGAUAGUAAGGUUGUUUGAUGUGAAUUUUUAACAUUAAGAUGGUUAAUUAUUGAAAACCUUAAGUUUGAAAUGAAAGCGAUGUACCUCGGAGAAACAAAGAAGUUCCCAUGGCAGCUGUCAGAUUAUCGGUGUCGGUCUGCAGGUUGCAGGAGUUCAGAGCAUUUACAGGAUGUGUUUUUUUGUGUAUCUCACUCUGUGUGUGUGUGUGAGUGUGUUGGUGUGGGUCUGGGCGUCUGUAGAGUCACGGUUGACAGGGCUGUUGAGGUGAAAGCUGUUACAGACUCUGACAGACCAGCAGACUGGGAAUGAUUUUCAACAGGCUGCUUUCUCUGAGUGCACAGGGUCAGAAGUGAUCCCUGCCUGCCUCUUAGAGCGGCUGUGCUGGUCCACGGGGCAGAGGUGGGACGCUUCAGGCCAAAUACUCGCUCAGCUGGGUGGGUUGUAUGUUGUAAUGUUACAAGAACAGGUGGAGGGGUGGCUCACACAGCUGUUACCAAAGUGAUGAAGGAAGAGAGGAUAUUUUUGUGACAGAUAGUGACACAUUGAGUUCACUGAAAACAAGAUUUACUAGUUGGAAUUUCCAAAGCUCUCGCACACACAGGUAACAGAGGCAUUACCAACCUCAAACAAAGAGUAAUGGUGAUAUUAUUAGCCACAUUAGUCACAUGAAACAAGCUGGUCUGGUGUUGUUGCCUCUGUUGAUAGUGAACACGUUUACCAGCACAAAUCAAAACAAACCAUUCCUGUCAUACCAGUUCAAAAAUAUCCUGUCUAAUUUAGAGCUGGUUCCCAGGCUGCCUGCAGCGUCAUUCCACUUGAGUUCUCCACAGGGCGUAUGUGAGGAUACACACCCUGACUCUGCUUGUUAAAAUCUGUGAUUAAAUGUAGGGAUAGAGAGGUGGAUCAAAUCCAAUACAGGUCACAGCGGAGAGGGAACAUCUCCGUACCAAAGCAGCAGGACAUGUUGACUGUAAAUGACUAAAAAAGACAGAAAUAAGGGCGACAGACUCAGGCGGAGGGGCAGGGGUGGUUUUGUCGAGUUUUUGCAGUUUGUAAGAGUUCAGGUAAAAAUAAUUGCAAGGUAAGAUUUAGGUGAAGUAUUACGUGUGAUAUGCAAAGAAAGGUAUCAUAAUGUAUUGUAGCAUUUUACCCAGAAGAUGGUGCACAGGAGAUACCUCAUGACUUCCACCCUCUAUACUGGUGGCUGGAAGUUGACUAUAAGAUGACAUACCAGGAUGAGCUACACAUCUGCACAGAUGCUGCAUAUUGCUGAAUGGGGGAAGAAAAAAGUUGAUAUAUUUUUUUUUCUCUCUCUGGAAAUGCCCAUGAAAAACAGACCUAAUCUUUUCUAUCAAUAGGGUUUACAUUUCAUUUAUCAGUACUUUGGUAUUUACUUACUGCAGUAGCCCAUGUAUAUAUCCAUAAUUACACAACUGUAAGGGUGAUGUGCUCCUACGUUUUCAGUCUGCUACAUGCUUGCAAUUUUUCAUGAUUUGUAUUUUACUGCUUUUCUAAUGACUUUUGUAUUUAAUCAAAUUUUGGCAGUAUUCAUGUUUUUAAAAAGCAGGUUUUGUUGAGCUGUGCACUUACUGAACGCUGCCUCUCACAGAUUUUCUAAAGCAGUUUUUUUUUUCUAUGAUGUGAAAUGAGGUGAAUUGAAAGGAUGCUUUGUGAAUUGGAAGUUACAUUUUUGUGAUCACACUAAGAAAGAGUAAUGAAACCUGGAUAUUUUUAUUCAUAAGAAAGGUUAUUUUCAGUCUCCAGUCCGGAUGGAGGAAAUAAUAAACGCAGAAGUAAGAUUUUCAAUCUCAUUUUUCAAUUCAUGUCUAAUAGGCUACAUGUCAAUUUUUAUUUUAAACUUUAGAAUAAGUAUCAUUCUUGAUUUUCUUUACAGUCACAUAUAAACUACAGUGAUUUAGUUCCUGUCCUUUUAGAUGACACAGAUAACUGAUGACUCUCCUGUGUAGUUAGACAGACACAUUUAUGUUGUCUUUAUGCUGAAGUAACUUUAGGUUUGUGUUGAUUUUGAACUCCCACUAUGGACAAAGUGGUGGAGUCACUCUAUUUUCUUUGCUGAUUUAAACAAAGACGUGCAGUUUCUCACUUCAUUUGAUACCUAGUUUCAGGAAUAAAUGAUUACGACAUGAGAUAAUAAGUCACACACAUUGUUAUUCAUUUUUAGUAUUCAGCCCGAAUCAUAACAAGCUAAAAUUCCUCACUUGAGCUUUAAAUAUUGAGAUAAGCAGUAUUUUAUAAUCAUAAAGCUGCACUUUUUUACGGUUUGGACAGCUCAAGUAUCUUGAUCAGAGCUUCACUUACAGUUUUUUUUUGACUGGCAAUGUCAGCUUGACAAUCAAAUAUGAGCCGUACCAGAUUUAUUAAAUUCUGUAGUUGCCGUAGGUAACAAAAGACAGCCCGCCUGCCAGCAUAUUUAACUGAGAUUGACCUGGAAGAGAAACUGAAUGUAUUCAAAGUGUUCAUUUUAGGAUCAAGUCUCCUCUAAGUGUAAACUUGAGAUUCUGCUCACUGAAGCAGUGCGGGCUGGAGAAUAUUAAGCUCUGUGCUCGGAUGUUUCUCCCUGAAAACAACUCUAUUUUGUCUGCUGACAGCUUGGCAGAUGAGUCGAAGCACUAACCUUUGGCUUGAGAGUGCUCGGGAUGCUAAAAAGCAAUUUUCAAAGAUGUAAACAUUAAUUUUUCGAUGCAAGAAUAGCCGUUGGUUUAAUCUUGAUAAUCAUUUGCUACUGCUACACAGUUAUGAGGCUUUAAUUAUUCCCCACCUCCCCCCCCUGUCUCCAGCCAUUUUCUUUGGUAAUGCGCUCUAAGUGCUGAGUUAUCAGCAAACUUAUGUGAACCCUCAAAGUGUGUUCGCGCAGCAGGCUGCUGCAUCAACAGCCCACAGGUUCUUCAUUUAUUUCACACAGAGCAAAGAAACACAAAAACACAGCCGAUGUGUGGACGAUAAACAAGCUUGGUGAGGAGCUGAGCACAGAUGAACACUCCUGGUUUGACAAUCAACACCUUGCAUGUUUUCACACUUAUUAAAGAACAGCAGCCUCACCUUUUGAGGUGUGAAAUGAGUGAGCUGUUUGCACCUUUUUAGGCACCUUAAUGUGCUUUUAAAAGGUUAUGAAAAUAUACUUUUGAUUGCACAAAGAGGAAAUUAUCCAUGGCAGGAUGAGUUUACAAAAAAUGUUCUUUUUAAAAUUCAUUUACAGCUACUUGUUCACUCUUUAAAAAGUGUGAAUAUGUUUUGACAGAAAUGUGAAGUCUCCAGAUCCCUGUUUCCAAACCUUUGACGCUGCAGGCCACAACAUUACGCUCCAUAGAUGGAGUCUUUGCACCGCUCGUAUCAAGAAUGAGCUCAGAACAAAGUGAGCGAUCAGCACAGUGAGUCGCAGAGAAAGGGCCCUGCGGGGAAUACAACAUGAGCUGCAGUCAUCUGAGUAUUGGAGUGAAGCCGAGGGGAGAACACAUAGCUAAGAGGGCACCUGUGUGAAUUCACGCUGCCAGAAAGGCACAGAUCCCACCGGAGAGUCUGCUGCACUCUGGAAACUCGCUGUGUCACUAUGCGAGCAUGGCGGCCUUCAUGUCCCACAUUCAGCACAGCAUUUUCUGAGCAAGUAACUAAAGAGAAAAGGUGGAGGAGGAUAACUUGUUCCAGAGCUUUUACUCUGACCUGGGCAGGUGAUGCUGUGCUCCCGGAAAAAAGGGAGCAAACAGAGAUGUGAUGUUGUACGCUGAGUCUUUGCGAGGGGUCGGGCAGAGUUUGAAGAAUGUGACAAACACAAGUUGAGCACCUGUGGCUCCUUCCUGAUGGUGUUUAUUCUGAACCAGCGGUAAAUAAACACCAUGGGCACUCAGAGGAAGAUGGAAACAAAAAACAACCGUCUAAAAAACAACAAAAAAAAAAUUUUUGGUUUUUGGUUUUCAUCAGUGUUGUUGAUGUUUUUGUCCAGCCCUGAAUAGUUUUUAGACUAACUCAUCAUAACAAGGGGAAGGAUGGUAAUGAUAUAAUUUUCCAUAAUUAUAUUUUGAAGUUGUUUCCAUGGUAACGGGUGCGAGGGAGACAUACUCAACAGUGAAUGCACCCAAAAGUGGUCAGGAAAAAAAAAAAAAAUUCUGUUUAUUGUUUUUGGCAAAAUAAUAUUUCUUUAAGUUUUUACUUGACCCAGAGCAUGAGUACAAAUUAUAAAUACAGUGAAUUAAUAUUGAGUUUGGAACACUAUAAGAAAUCUCUACAUUAUAACAAAAUACAGAAUUAUCAGAUAAAAGUUGCCAUCAUACUUACUGAUUCUUAUUUUCCAAUAUGACUCGAUGAUGAGAGUGUCAUAGCAAAUUAAGAAGUUUCACAUGGACAGCAAAAUAAACACCGGCUUUAAGAAGUCAACAUUACAUCAAUCAAAAGCCUUAAAGCUGUCAACAAUAACACGUGAGCAUACACCCAUCAGAUGAUCCUUAAUCCAAGUUCGAGCCAGUAGCUGCUUUAAAUUAGCUGGUGGUAGUUAUCGACUUUAAUGCCCCAUAUUUAAAUUCUGCUGGAAAAUGGUGCAUUUUAAAAUGGGCAUUAGUGGGGAUUAUUAAGCUUUUGAGGCCAGCCUCAAGUGGCAACUCAAUGAACUGCCCCUUUUACACUCCCAUAUUAGUCUCACUUGUCAACGCCUGAUGCUGCUGUUUGGAUGCUCUAAAGAUUUUACCGUCUUUGCUCUUGAAUAUAAACAAUGUUGAGUCAAUGCAAAGAUGCAAAUAGACGCUCCUACUACUCUUGCGGCGCGAAUGACGCGAACUGAACGUGAGAUGAAAAUGUCUCAACUUCAGCAGAUGUUUGCGAUAACUAAUCAGCAUGAAGGUUGCCGGGUGACAUAUAAUAUGGACAGUUGUUCACCAGUAUCUAAAAUGGAGGACAAACUGAUUGUGUUGGUGUGUGGGUGCCGCGAAUUAUAUGACAUCUUUUCUUUCAAUUAUUGAAAUUGGAAUAAAAAGGAGCUUGCCUGGAGGCAAGUGAAUGAGGUGGUGAGUGAGUGGUAAAUUGUAAAAAGCCUUUGUCUAUCACUUGAUCCCACCGGUUGAAUUGGCAGGGAUUACUGUUGAAAUUAAUGUUGACACGCAAAAGAAGCGAGUAAAUACUAUUCAUUCACAUCUAGAUUUGCGAGAAUGAAGUGAGAAGAUGAAUUUACUCGCACUUGGUGUGAGCACCCCAUUACUGAUCAACCAGCACUCACAUCUAAACUUCAAUCACCAUGGAGAUUUCUGGCACUUUAAAAAAACAAACAAACAAUGAACUCUAUAACACAAAUUAAAAUAAUGUUCUUUCUUCUCUCUUGUGUUUCAGAGUUUAACCAAAGGGAUACAAAAUGAAACUGUGUUUGAAAAUCACAGCGGGUCUCCUUCUGCUCGCCCAAACCUUCAACUUGGCAUUGCUUCAAGACUCCACUGACUCUCCCGGACAGCCGGUUGAUAUAAGCUGGUGGCGUAAACUAUCUGGCGAUCUUCAAGCUAUAAAACCAAACACUGCACUUUCUGGAGAGGAGAAGGGGUAUGAUCCGGAGACGGAGGACACUGCUAUGGAGGCAAGUAAUGAUUACAGCGGGAUAGCAUCUGGCUCCAUGGCAAUGUUUAACGAGGAAGAGGAGAAUGUGGCCGGCAAAGAUAAGGAUGCAAAUGAAUCUGAUUAUAUGGACUCUGUCACCACCGCUGAGCCUCUGAAUCCUACCACUGAGCAACCUGUGUCUCAAAACAUCACAGAUUCUACAACAACUGCAGCAACCAAUCAAACAAACUUAAUUGUCAACGCCACAGAUGCCGAAGGAGAUUUUUACAACUCAACAACAUUUACUCAAAACUCAACAACUGUUCCUCAAAACUCAACAACAAUUCCUCAAAUCUCAACAACAAUUCCUCAAAACUCAACAACAGUUCCUCAAAACCCAACAACUGCAGCAAACGCCACCAGCUUCCCGGAUUAUUUCAAUCGUGCCGACUUCAACGGGACAACCCUUGCACCAGACGUCAACGCAACCCAAGAAUCCACGGCAACAUCGCAGAAUAGCACAGCAUGGGUUAAUGCAACAGAACCCACCAAAACAUCGACUGUAACACCUACAACCACUUCAACAGAGGCAGAGACCAGCAAUACACCCACCGUAUUUAUAUCAACGACUUUGCCUGAUGCUUGGACCACAGAGAUCGGAGAAAUCACCACAACAGUUGCUCCUACGAAUUCAUCUGAGAGGGGCAACGACACAAACAAAGCUGCAGGCUCGGGGAGCAGCUCAGACAGAGGUAAAGCUGCAGUUUCAGGUGUCACAGUUUCUGGCACAGGUCUUCUUAUGUGUCUUGAAAUCUGCUGUGUCUUUGUAACAGUAUGGUAUCUCUGCAUGGGUGGAUAUCAAGACAAAACUGAUGUUUUUGUGCAAUUCCAGGCAAUUCCCACUGCCCUAAAGCCACUAGAAACCUAGAUCCAUAAUAGCCCUUUAACUGUGUUAUGAAAGCUUUAAGUGCAGAUUUAUUUCAAUAUCUCAAUUCAUGGUUGUUCCUCCAGGAGAGCAGUUUACAUUCAGAUAAACUGGGCGGUGAGAGGCUAUUUGCUCUCAGAUUACUUUGAAUGAUUCUAGGGAUCUUAUGGAGUAGCAAACUCAGAAACAUGGUUGGAGUCUUGAUGAUUUAUUCUGCUGGUUUCUGAAGUGGUGUGAACACCGGUCAACAUCCUGAGUCAACAUUAAGGAAACGCUGACUCAUCCUAACUUUCUAUCAGUCUUAACAGAGGCAGAGAGGUGGGUCUUUAGCCUCCAAGUAGUCAUCAAUGCACCUGCCAGUCAGUCAUACCAGCCACACAGCAAGCCUGACAUCUACAGCUUACAAAUUCAGCUUUUGUCUGAAAUGCUUAAUUUGACCUACUUUAAGUUUCCCCUAGAACUCUGGAACCCAGCACUCUAGAAGCCUACUCCACCGCUGACAUGUAACACAGUCAAUAUUAAUGAGUGUUUCUCUGGCUAGAACAAAACAUAAUGAAACAUGGCCGUAUGUUUUAGACCGCAAAUGUGACCAGAAGAGUUUGGAAAGGGAACAAAAAAAAUCUCUGGGUACAAAAAACAGGCAAGGCGUCAUUACCAUGACAUUUUAUCGAAAUACGCCAAUUGGUCAUAUCAUGAAUUGAACAAAUCUCGUGUGGAUCUUAGUUUUCAUGUCAUGUUUUUGAACAAGCUUUGCAGGGCUUGGCUAGGCUGACUGAGACAGCUGCAUGCAAUUAGUAAAGCUCCCAGAGAAACUAUCUUAGCCAGUGGGAGGUUAGUGUCUGACUUAUUUCAGGGGCAGGUGUUGGAGCAUCCAUUGUGAGAAUUCAGCUCUAUAAUAAUAUAGCUCUGGUUAAUGUGAUAUAAAUAUAAUUUAGUAUCGUAGUUAUAGUUCUGAGGACAAAUAGGCCCAUUAGGCUUACAUUUAAUGUGUACUAGCAGCUAAUUAUGAUAUUGUACUGAGUGUUUUGUUGUUUGUCAUUCAGGGACUGACCAAGUGAGGUCAGUGAAAAUGGAUGGGGCCUCCAACCCUAUAUGGUCUUGGGAAAUGGUCUAAAUUAGACCUAUUCAACUUCUGUGUGGACAGAUAAUUUCAAACAGACAUAGGUAUUAAAUUAAAAAGGUUAAGCUUAGAAGGUAGCAUAAAAGCAGAAAUAAAUUUAUUAAUAAUAACAAAAUUCUGUUAAUUUUUAAUCUCCUUUCAGUUUUUGUGUCACUAACACAUCCAGAAGGUGUCUGUACGAGCUAGACAAUCAAAGUGAACAUUUCUGGCACCUUUGCACUACACUUUCAUUAAACUCAGGCCUUAUUAGUGUCAGUUUAAAAGACCCAACCGGUCUGUUUCUUAAGCUUUCUUAAGUUAUGGCUGUUUGUUUUUUUAUCAUGAUUAAAAUGAGAACUUAAUGAGACUCUCAGCUUGAUAUCAGAUGUUUCAAUCCACCUUUUCAGAGCCUCAAAGGUUUGAGUUAUACUUUAACAUAACAGGCAUAUAUUUCUUCACAGCACACCUCUGGAGACUUGGUUUGAAUGUAACACAAUGCCCACUGCUUAACAGCAUAUAUCCCCAUUUCUUGUUUGACCCAUGGCUUUUUCUUCCGCCCUUUCCCUGACCCACAUUUGCCUGCAUCUAUUUUCCCACUAGCAGAGGACAAACAGCCCUCCUUUCAAAGGAAAAGGUUGGAUUGGGUUUCAGGUGCUAUCGAUGCGGCUGCUGUGAGUAAAGGGGUCUAUUACAGCCACCCUCCCAGCAGGACAAUGAAACCCUGUUUUAGUGGAUAAAAAACCCUGAAAGAGGCGGUCAGGGACUGAGGUCAGAGAUACUUCUACUGCCUCUGAGCAGGGCGUGAGACUGUGCUGUGCUGUUGAUCAUGAGAUUAAAGACAAAGAGCUGAAAAGGGCAAAUCUAUCUAUCUAUCUAUCUAUCUAUCUAUCUAUCUAUCUAUCUAUCUAUCUAUCUAUCUAUCUAUCUAUCUAUCAAAGGUGUUUUUUCGUGGUAAAAAGAGGACAGGAUAAAAUACUUCUGGUGCAAACUACGUGGGUGAGCUCACCCCAAACAUUGGAAACAGACAAAAAAGGCCCGCAGAGAGGUUUGGAUUAAAAUAAAACUCACAUCACAUAGACGGAUGUGACAGUAGGACAUAACACUAACAGACGAUGACAAUAAACAGAAGAAACACAGUUGUGAAACUGCAGGCAACACAGAAAAGAAAAACUAAGCUCAAUAGAAACCAUGACAGGUCCAGCGUGUACACAGAGACUGUACAAGAACAGCAGCGUGGGGAUAUGGAGUCUAUAAGAAUGACUGUACUUGGCCGAGAAAAUCCUGUUCACCACAGACUCUGAAGGUGCUGACGUUAUGGUAAUGUAGCAAGAGGCAAACUGCUACAGUAUCAUUCAAUUAUUUACCGGAUAGCAUUUUUUGCCCUCAGCUUGUCAACAUAGAAUAAAGAGAUUGAUUUUUGGGGACCAUUAUAAAAUUAUCGAUGAAAGAAAAUUGGCGAGGUUCAAGUGCUUUGUUACAUUAAUCUCUAAAUUCAAGAUUAAAGCUUAUGCACCACUUCUUUAGUGCAAACUGAGAUGAUAUCUCCCACUGGAUCCCAAAUUUGGAGUCAGGAUGUCCUAGGGGGUUCAUGAGAAGCCCUCCAAAAUAGGGAAACAUUUUUUUGGGAGUUGCACAAUUUUCCCUUUAUUCUAAGUACAAAUACAAAAAGUAGAACAUUCAAAUGUAACCACCCAAAAAGGUUUUUCAGGUCUGCUAAUUUUCUCCACACAAGCUCAACUAAGCAUUUGAGCCCUGAAGCCUAAGUUACUUGGUAAAUUCACAGACUUUGUUUGGUUAUUGUGGAUAUUUUCACUUUGACUUGCAACUUGGUAAGCAAGAAUAAUUUUGAGGUUUGAAGUAGAGGUCUGAGAGAUGCUUGGUGGUUUGUCCUCGAUGGCAGUAUCAGCUGGUGUUCAUCAAAGGCUACACUGUGGUCAGGUGAUAACCCGAGAGAUAGAGAGUUUCAUUGAUGCCAAUGCCUUCUGCUUCCCACACCGACUUUUUUUCCACUGGUGUGUCAAUGACACCAGAUGAAACGCCAGUGGUAAAAUUACUUUCGGACAACAAAUGGAAACCAGAAUGCUCCCAAUCCUCGAAACAUGUUGUCUGAAUAGAGAGUACUCAAACAGUAGAAAGCCUUUUUGAAUUCCAGGGUCUAACAUCGAAAAGCGAUGAAAAGUUCAAGGAGAUGAAUUCUUACGCGAGGCAAUGAAAGAACCCUCAACCUUAGCAGUCUUUCCAACAGCUGAGGGGACAUUUUAGUCAAAACUUCCACAUUUUUAUCUCAUGUUGAUGCAACAAACAAUGUCUGUGAAUAUUCAAGGCCAGUAGGGGUUAUUAUCCAGAAAAUAAGUUUACUUAUUUAUACUUAAUUUCAGGCAUUUUAUUGAAGAAUUGCUCAGCUUUGUUGGACUAAAGACGAGAACCAAAAUAAGCAGGCAGACCAAAAGCUUAUUAUUCAUUAAACCUGGCUGACAUGAUCCCAACAGUACAAUAGGUUUAGAAAGGCGUCAUCUACGUUUUUACAGCAUACUUGUUUCUGAUUUCUGGAUUUAUAUUAAAAGCACAUAAAUUAACAUGGAAAAAAUCUUUUUAAACACGAUGAAGGUGAAAAAUAACCUCCUUUAUUGGAGUAAACAAAGUUCUCAAGCCAACAUUUAACUUGUCACCUCCUCUAAAAUUCAUGGAAAAAUAAGAUGCACCAAAAAAGUAAAGUUCAUCCAUAUUUUAUAAUAUCUUGUUUCCACCAAAAUAAUAAAAUAGCAUCUUGACAAAACAGGGUUUGAUACACAGAGUAUGAAAAAGGUCUUCUUGUUGGACUUGCCCCAAGUUAUUGAGCAAAUUGAUCCCUGCAAAGUGAGUAAAUUGAGCCAUUUGUAGAUAAAAAGAGCAGCUGAAUUAUUUAUGCGGGAGUCCUGAUAAAGUACAGAUGCGGUAUUUCCGUGUCAAAGGAUAUAGGAAACACUUCUGUCUCUCCCACCAUCUGUCUCUUUCCCCACUGCGGUUACGUAAAUAAUCAGAAAAAGCUUGUUCUCUGUAAAGUACAAGCUCCACAUAUUCAGAUUUACAUAUAGCAUUAAUUGUUGGAGUACAAAAGGUCGGUCUUGUUAGUGGAGGCGUGUGUCAUCUUCCCACUUAUAUUUCUUUAUUUUUAUAGAUGUAGCAUCUGUAUGAUAAUUUUCACACCUGUAUGUAGAGAAGCUAAUGACAGCAGAAUAAUUAUCUCUGUGCCAUACUUUCAUGUCUGUGAAUAAACAGGAUCAGUUUGGUGAUUCAGACUGUCGGUACAUGAAGGCAAAGGUGAUACGAUGAGAAACAAAAAGAGAUUCACAGCUUUUCUUCACAAUGAGCGCAGCCUGCAGCCUCCAAAUAAUCAAAUGAAUUCCAGAUAUAAUCAUGAUUUGGGGAUGUUAAUUGCAUUAAUUACUGCUGCGUCAAUUAUCCAAAUCUGUACAGCUGACUAAUUGGGAUAUGUGUCGAUGCAGAGUGCUGCCAGAGGAAACAUGAUUUCCGAAGCGCAUUUCAGCCGUAAUUAUCUGACAAUUAACCCUCAAAGACAGCGGCUGAUGUGAAUAAUUUUGCUGUUGACAAAUUAUUUAUCACUGCCUCCCGUCUCCUCAACCUCUUAUUUCUGCAAUAAAGGUUUGGCAUCAGAUCCACCAAGCAAGAGACACUCAGCGUGGGGAGCCAUACUGGGAACAGCCGUGGCGGUGAUGUGCGUGGGACUGGUGGCGUACGUCAUCCUCAAACACAAGCAUCAGAAAGAUUUCUCUCACAGGAAACUGGUGGAGGAGUUUCCCUCUGAUCCAGGUGAGUUUUAUACAGUUAUUUUAGAGCCUGGUUAGUAUUUUAUGUGAAAAAUCUGCCCCUGCUGUUGUUUACGCAUUAUUCAAACUGGGUUAAGGUAAUGUCUAAAAAAACCCUUUAAAUUAUCUUAUAUUUUGCAUCUGAAAAAAGUUCAUAUCAACAAUGUAGAGUGUAUCUUAAUUUGGGAGUCGCACGAGUGCAGUAAAGUGUACCUAAUAACCCAGGUUUUAAAAUCUUUUAUUCAUAUAAAUGCUUCUCAGCUCCACCAGUGUGGUCUGAAACCAUGACUUAAAGGUGGGAGACAGCGUCAGAGUACUUGUUCUGUGAAAUACAGUGUUUUUGAAGGUGGCAUCUCAAACUUGAAGCACUUGGGUGAAAUUUUAAUUCAGUUUGACACAAAGUGCAUAUUGCUUCUGACAUGUCAGCUGAGCUAUGUAGGAGUUUUAAAGUGAGAUGUGAUGUUCAAAGUGCAGGGCUGUCAUUAUUUUUCCAUCACAGCUGCAGAAGGAUGCAGAACAACACUAUUGUGGCUUAACUAUGGUGUGCCAAGAAAAAAAAGUUAAUUUCAAACUUCAGUCACUUUAUAAUUCAUAUGUCAGUGCUGAAGGGUCUAAUUUUACUCAAAUGGAUCCUUUCUGGCAGGCAAAUGUUAUGUUUUUAACAUCAUACUUAAAGCAAAGCAUAUGUAAAGCAUACUAAAACAGCUUAAAUGUGCUAAUUUACAUUGACUAAAAUCACCUCACAGCAGUUGUGAGAGAUCAAGAUUACUGUGAUAAGACUAGUUUAAACUCUCACAUGGUGGCUGAUCUGAUAAGCAGUGAAUUUACAUGCCCCCAAGCCUUACACUGGUCUUUUGAAAUGAACAAAGUGGUUCCUCCUGUUCUGAAGUGACAGAUUUGUGAUGAGAAGUUUAAAAAAGUAGUGCUCAUCCUCUAAAACACUCUUGUAUACAACACCUUAUGACUGCUGAGACAUUUAUCACUCUAAAAACUUAACAUCUUUUCUGUUUUUUUUCGUUAUGUUUUUCUCAACGUAGAUCCACACUGCGUGAACAUACACAAAAGUUACAUCUAGACUGAUGAAUGUUUAAAGUGAUAGAUUCUACACUGGACCAAUUAUUAAGGGUAAACAAUACUUCUUCCAUAUCACUGAAAACUUUUCUUCAGAGCUGUUUCAGUUCAGUAUUCCUUGACUGAAGUAAAAGCACAAUCUGUCUCUAUUUUGAGUGUUUUUUUAGUCCUAUAGAUAGUAGAUAAGUCCUAAGACUGCAUCCACAGUGGUCCCAUGAGAGAGGCCUAUUCUAGAUGGAAAAUAUAACAACACUAGAGCAACAACAGGAUGUGAUUCAGUGGGUAUUGAUCCUGUAAAAACAUGCAGAAGUUACAUCGAAUGCAAUUUUCCGAAAGAGGAAAAAAGCGGGUAAGUCCAGCAGUGAUAAACAUGAACAGCAUUUAUUCUCUAAACAAAUCUCUGUUGUUCAAAAGAGACCAAAACUUCUUUGGACACCAAAACUUCUUCGGAGAAGAGAUUGCCUCGACAAACAAUUGUUUGUUUUGCUUUGAUUUUGAUCGUUUUUCUGUCCUGGUCUUAGAUUGCCUUAUAUCCUGCAUUGUCGAACGUUGCUUUUAUUUUGAAGUACACUUCUUACAGCAGAUUGUAGAGCGGAAUGAAAACAGUCACAACAACAGAAAGUAUAAAUAUUCAGCUGAUUAUCAACCUAAGGAGGAAUCAUCUUUAAUGUUGUUUUUUGGUGGUUAAUGCCAAUACUGGUAUAUAUUAUGAGCGCUCUAAUAAUUCCAUGUAGAAUUUUGCAAAUUUGCUCCUCAUCAGGAAAUCUAACGGACCCUGCCUUAUGAUCUGGACUUUGACUCAACAGCAAGCAUUACAAAAAACCUAAACAUGCUUUUACAAUAGAAUAAAGAGGACUUGCCGUGCCCACUCUAGACUGAAAAACUCUGUCAUAGACAUUUUCAGACAUGAAAUCCGACAUCAGGUCUUCUUGCUCCACCCUGUCCUCGUGUUACUCUUGUUACUUUGAAGUUAAGUGUGGUUAACUUCCUCGGUGUUCCCUCUUACCUUCAAUCCGCCUUGUUUACCGCUACCUCUGUUAGGUGUAGUGAUUUCCUACAUGUCCCGAAAGACCUCCAAACAGCUCUGGGUAAUGGGUAGGAGCCUGACUCUGUUGUACUUGCAGCUGCUGAGGACAAGGACUCUGGAGCAUUGAUGAUAGCUCAGUCAAGAAAGAAAAGCUUCGUGUGAAUGACUUGUUCGAGUGUUGGCUCACAAUGAAAGCUCAGGGAGAAAACCCCUUAUGAAAAACUUGAGGUAAAAACCAGAGAGUAUACAGCUGAACGGUGGACUGUUAAAAUAUCGAUGUGAUGUUAUGUUGGCUGUAUUUGGCAUCACAGAAAAGCUGCAUUUACUGAAAACUAAAUGUUUAUUCAAGCAGCAAUAAGGGUGGUUCAGAGGGCACUUUUCCCUCAUAUCACAUUUUGAUGCUCCAUAUGAAUGGGUUUAAAAACAUCUGACUGUGCAAUUCAGCGCAAAAAACAUAUAUGUUGGGUGUUUUCUUUUGCUCGAUACAUGUUUAUAGUGAGGUUUUCAACUCCACACGUUUGCUAAUAACUUUUCUCCUUUUCAGUCCUUAGAUUGGACAACAACGAACCCUUGGACUUAAACUUCGGAGGACCAGCUUAUUACAACCCAACUCUCCAGAGCGACAACAUCCAAAUGACCAACUUCCCAGGACGCCUGUGAAAACCGAAAGGACUCCACCAACCAAAGUGAUGAACUCCCUGUUAAGAAAGUCUGCCAAUCCCGCUCAUUGGCAUUUGAUGGAUGACCUAUAAUGUAGAGUUUUGUAAAUAAGACUGUCUGAUCGUGGCAUUUGUGGAAGGAAAUUACCGCGCAGAUUGUAAAGGUCUGUUGUCAGCCACCACAAAUGCCACUUAUGUUAGAUUAUGCAUUGUGCUGAGUAGAUUUAUUACAUUGAAAUAGAGGGAGGCAAUCUGUCUGAACUACACUACACCAGCCAAAAUUAACUGUCAGCCAUUUGUGUAUGUUGCCAAAGGGAAUCAAAUUAAGUCUUUCUGAAUGAAGAAUCUGCUCCGUAGUCAAUGACGGAUGAUAUAAAUUAAUACUUGUUACAGCUUUUGCUUUAGUUUUAAUUAUAUUUGUGUGAAUAGCAGCCACAAAAUCUUAUUAAGGACUCGCAAACACAGAUUUGAACAUAUAAUCAGAUCAGAUGGAGAAAAGAUAAACAGGAUGGGACUUGAACGACAGUGCUGCUGUUUUGUGGUCUAAAAAUGACACGGCGUGCCAGACGAAGCCUUUGCAACAAAUUUCAGGAGCCAAAGUGAACAAUGAUAUUCAUAACAAUAAUCACCUGCUGUAAGAGAGUAAAGAUGGCAGUCAGAAGUUGAAAUUGAACCACACUUUCCCGCAUUUGGUAUUUGGUAGUCACAGCCAGAGUCUGAGCAUUGAACCAUCAAACCAAAAGCUUGGGUUUGUUUUUUUUUUCUAUCACACCAGGGAUGGAGGGAGGAGGAGGAGAAGGAGGAGGAAGGGGGAGGCUGAGUGACUGCUUUGUUAUUCAUAGACGGAGGUUUUGGUAUUCAGGGCGAGAGUUGUGUUAUUUGGUCUUAGCAGCACUCAGCAGCAACAACUAUAUCAUCAUAAUAUCCUGCUUAAAUCUUCUGACCUCCAGGUGUCCAAACAGAGAGUUUAGUGCCGCACGGUGACAGUCUGCACCUUGGGAAAUUUACCUACUGUUACUUGCUGCAUAGUUCGAGCAAAAUUAGAAGAUUUAAAACAGAUUUUAAAAUUAUUAUUCUUGUCAUAACGUUCAGUGAUCACAUUCAGUAAGAAAAGUAAUAUUACGUAUUUGAGAGGAGGGAAUAGGCAGGGAAUUUUCGAUUAUUCUAUGUAUUUAGUGCCUUUGUACAAUAAAGAUGAACAAUAUUUCAUAGAGACUAUUUUCUAAACUUUCCUACUUUGGUGUUGUAUUUAAAAAAACACACUUUUAUAACUAUAUAUAUGAAGAAAAUCCAUCCAGAAAAUCCAUCAUCCGUCUUCCCUCAGUCCUUUCACUCAUCAUUACCUGUGAAGCCAGCGCUCGAUCAAUACGCUCUGUGAUUAUGAUUGAUACGUGCCUCGGCUCAGCCUAAACACCCAACAAUAACUCUGUGAUGUGUAAUUUUUUUUGUGUGUGUGUGCUUAGACGGUUCGUCGGCAGGCACGGCAGGUCUCUGCUUCCUUCCUGGCUGUAAUUUCAGACAUCAAUCAGAGCGAGUAGAGGCUUUUUUGUGCGAGUGAGCGAGGCUACUUUUGUGUCGCAGUGUUAGAGCAUUGCAGUGAUUACUGCAGAAACAAUGCAGGGCAGAUGGAUAAUGGGACACUUCUACAUCAAUUUGUGAUAUGUAAUAUAACUUAAUGAUGCUUUAAUAAACACCCAAAACCUGAC